AUGACGUGCAGGCCGAGCGGUAGGUGUUUGGAACAGCCUUACAUAUCUUAUCAGACGUCGACAUCGACGCCGGUUAAACCUCAGCCCAUAGAACACACGGUCACGUCGAUAGCGACGCAGAGAACUCUCCUUUCCGCGAAUCACUCGUCAUCGUCUCCCAAUCCCGUCACGUUCGCAGUCACGAAUAAUUUGCCGAUAUUUCAAACGAAUAAUAAAUACAUAGAAAAGGAUAAUUAUCAAAUCGAGAACAAGAGCAAGUUGAGUUUGCCGCCCGAGACGGAAAGGAUAAGGAUAAAAUCUCCGGAGAAGAGUUUGUCGAACGACAAGUUGUGCGAGAAAAAUGGUGCGAGACUCAGGUUGUCACAGGAGGAGGGUUUGUACGAGAGACGGAAUCAUAGGGUUCAACAAAACGAACGUUUGUGUUUGUCGUCGGAACGUUUGAAUCAUCAUCAUCAUCAGCAUUUCGGGGGAGACGGGCGCGAGGAUAGGAAAUAUCAUUCGAUAUUUCUCAACGAGACGACGCCGAAAAGUUUCAUCGACUCGGAUUUGAUCGAUUCGAAAGAGAAAAGUUCGAGUUCGAGCAAUUUUAAAAACGAUCACGUGAGAGAACGUUCGUUUCGAUCACAGGAAAAUUUAAAUUUCAAACAUCAUCAGCAGCAGCAACAGUCGAAGAGUAAAAAUUCACCGACGUUUCAAGAGCAAAAGGAAAAAUUUUUACAAGAGAUAAAAGACAAAACGAACGGAACGAUAAACGAGACGAAACAUUUUAAAAACGUUAAAAACGAUUCCGACAAGUGCCAGAAGAGUCCCAUAUUGAGGGAUAUAAAAGACAAGAAAACCGGGAGCGUUCUACCCAAAAGAAAUGUAAAUAAUUUUGCAGGAGGGAAAAACAUACCGGAAAAUUUCAGUCCGGGACCGCAAUUGGUACCGGAAAGGGAUUUGAAUAAUUCGGGACUUCCGCCUCAUCAGAGUCUCAUCGGAGACGUUGAUUUUUUCGUAAGUUCCCAAUGCGGAGGAUCAUCGGGUAACUUCAAUGGGAAAAUCGAUGGUGGUGGUAAUAGUGUCGUCGACGUGAAACGGGAAGAAUAUUUCAAUACGUCGACGGGAGAUUCGUCGACGGAUUCGGUAAACGAAUUAAACGACGACCGUACCGAAGAUGGAAGUUUUCAACAGGACCUGAAUUCUUCGCACAGGACCAGUAAUGACGUCAUGUGCAACGGAAGGUUGGAUACGAAGCUUGAAAGUCAAAACAGGUGUCGAGUGGAAUCGCAACACGAAAAUAAUUACGAAAACGUAGAAGUUCAAUCGCCACCGAAAUCCUCGCAAAACUACGAAAAUGAAGUCCGGGAAAAAAUGUUGUACCUUAAAAAGGAUUCGAGCAAAAGAGAGGACGAGAGUUACAACGUCGUUUCGUCGAAGGAUUCGGCCGUGGAUUUGGUGAAACCGGACGAAAGCGUCAUACUCGUUCCGUCGGAUUUCGAAAACACGAAUCAGAAAAAUUUGAUAGUGAAACCUCUGAGUACGAACGUCGCGAGAACGUUGAAUUCGAACGGUGGUGCGAGACACUCGUCGAAAAACAGUUCGAAAAAUUAUUCCGCCGCGAGAACGACCGGAGGAGUAGGAGUAGGAGGAGGUGGAGAAGGAAGUUCGCCCGAUAAGAGUUCGGUGGUUUAUUGCGAGGGGAAUUUUCAGGGGAAACAAUCGGAAGGAAAUCCUUUAAUAAAAGACGGUGGUGGAAAACAACUCGUUGGAGCGAUGGCUUCGAGUAACAAAAGCGGAGGUGGUGGUGGUGGUGGCAGCGGUGGCGGAGUCGUACCACAAAUCAACAAACAGUUGAAAAGCAUUUGCGGAAGUAAAGUCGUGUCAUCAUCCAGGCAAGGAAACGGAAUGUCAAGCAGUGCAACUUCUUCUUCGGGGUCAAGAGGUCAAAGAUUACCGCACAGGCAUGUGAGCGAACAGGAAUUGUUGUUACUGCAGAGACGACAAGACGCUGGAAGUUCAAGCGACGAAACUCGGUCAUCGGGUCACGCGUCGAUGUCGGACACGUUGAGCAGUUCGCCUGGUCUCACGGAGAGGCAUCAACAUUUCAGAUCUCCAUUGAAUUCCGUGCCGGAGGAUGACAAGUUGAGCGCUUGUUUGUCACCCAUUCAAAGCCUACCCCAAAAUCCAUGUCAACCACCUCAAGGUCUAGCGAAAGCAAGAGGGAAAACUCAACAGAGCAGAAACAGACAUCGAGCCACUCCCGCUAAGGCAAGUCACAGAAUAACGAUUCAACAAUUGACGUUAAAAUCUGGUGGAUAUUCAACUUCGACGUAUUCGAGUCAGUCGGGAAGCGAAUCGAGCGAACCCGCCGUACGAAGGUUGAUGAGACAUUCCUCGCUGGAAACGAUCAACACGAACGUGACGACUGCCGACGAAUUCAUGUGGGUGGAUUCUCAUAACAGACUCGUAGAAGUUCAGCAACUUCCUUGGUCGAAUCAUUGCGUGUACAGAGUCCUUGCGAGCGGGAGAACAAAAGAUAUUUGCCAAAGGGUUUCAAUGGAAACGAUACCUAGACUGUCAUACCUUUUGCAACGUGCUCUAGUUCGUAUAGCUAGAGAAGCUCAACGAUUGUCAAAGAAUUUGGGUUUUUGUUCGAAGCAAGAAAUAUUCAGCGCUUUAAGAAUAACUCUUUGUCCGUCACUUUCGGAUUCUUGCACGAAGGCUUGUUUAAGAUCCGCCGCCAUGUUUGCCGUAUCCGGAGAUCAAAUGAGACAGAGCAAAUCCAACAGAGCCGGUUUACAACUUUCCGUGGGUCGUUUUCACAGGUGGAUGGCGGAUGUUAGAAUAGCAAAGUUCAUACACGAAUACGCAGCCGUGUAUUUCACGGCGGGUUUGGAAAAUCUCCUCGAAGAACUCGUAAUACAGUGCAUGCCCAACGACAACGAAACCAUGUUGACGUCGACGGUUUUGGAACACGCGAUUGCCAACAAUGGUGAUUUAUGGGGUCUCCUUCAGCCGUAUGCUCAUUUAAACGCAGGAAGAGUCGCUUCGGGUGCUCUCGCCAUGCCUCGUUGGGAUUCCAUGUCUUCCGUUAGCACGGAUUCGACUCACACGUCUUCGAAAAAUUCAAAUAAAUCCUUGCAACAGUCACUGGUUACCACGUGCGUCGGAUCCACCGAUCAACUCCGACAAUUGGUCAACAAAAUCACGGCUCUUCAACUUCACCGUCAGGUCAUCAGUUGGAGUUCGACCGCCAUAAACACUUUGUUUUAUUUCAUGAGGUGUUCUCAGCUGGAACACGGAGAUCACCAAAUACAAGAAUUAGUAUACGAAAGAACCUACGUCGUUUUACCGCCUUUGGUGGAAUGGGUGAGAGUGAGCAGUGCGCACGCCGAACACAGGCAUUCGGCAGUCAUAGAUCAGGACGACGUCAUGCAAGCUGCGAGGUUACUUUUACCCGGAGUCGAUUGUCCCGUCAGACAAUUGGGGCAAGAAGAAGGAGGCUACGAAUCGGAUAACGCGCGAAAAGUCAAAAUCGAAGCAGCUUUUAAACUUUUAACGAGUGGAAGAGCCGAACUUAUACCUCAUGCGAUUUCACUGUUACCAACUUCAAAGAUAAAUUGCGUGAACGAAUCCGGUUUGACGGCUUUGAUGUUGAGUUGCUGUCGCGGUGACGUCGCAGCCGUCAAGUGCCUUUUGGAUGCAGGAGCCGAUCCGAAUGUAGAAACUCCAGGAUUGCCACACGUCGAAACGCAAUAUUGGACGGCUUUGUGUUACACAGCUUUGCAGGGAAACGUAACUCUCGCGAGACUUUUGUUGGAGAGAGGUGCUCACGUCGAGGGUGGAGUCAAACCGUCCGAAGAUAGAUGCACUUUAACUCCUUUGCAGUUGGCAGCAGCGAGCAACAACACGGAAAUGGUAUCUCUUCUCUUGGCUCACGGAGGAAAUGCGUGUCUUUCUACUUUGCACAAAGAUUCCUUGUGUUAUUCCGGUGCUGCUCAAAAAGGAAGUCCUUGUCCCAUAGCCGUUGCAGCCGCACACGGUCAAAGAGCCACGCUUCACAAACUUCUCUCUCAUCCCCUGUCGCCUCAUUCAAAGGAAGUUCUUUCUUUGGAAGAAAUUCUCGCGGAAGGAUCGACUCAAGAAAGGCCCGCCGCGUCUCAUAAAACUCAGAUAAAAGCCUUGCAAGAAGCUAUAUAUCACAGUUCGGAGAGUGGACACUUGGACAUCACUUUAGAUUUAAGACAACUCGGCGUGACGUGGACGCUACACUGCUGGAUGACGAGUCUUUCAACGGCGACGGAUUUACAUUUGGAUUCCGUCAUGGAUAAUCUUCUACAAGAUUUUCUAUCCGCUUGGCCCGACGAUUACUGUUCUCAAUUCGUCGACGAAUGUCUUCCGCUCUUGUUCAACAUAUUCCGAUACACGAAGAAAGAGGGAACGACUCUUCUUUUGGCCGAUAUAUUUUCAACGUGUUACGGAUGGGAAGAAAUGACGGCGAUUGAAAGCGCGACGUCGACUCCGACGGCGAGAAUCGAUCCGAAAUUCGUCAACAAUCCAGAACUUUCCGACGUGCAAUUUCGAGUCGAAGGAAAAGUACUUUACGCUCAUAAAAUUGUUUUGGUGACGUCGAGCCCGAGAUUUAAAAACAUGUUGAGUUCGAAACUGUGCGAAGGAAGUCCGCCGGUCGUUCAGAUAAACGAUAUCCGUUACAACAUAUUCCAGUUGGUCAUGCAAUAUUUGUACGAGGGAGGUACGGAAAGUUUGGUCGUUUCCGAAUUCGACGUUUUGGAAUUGAUGGCGGCGGCAAAUUUUUUUCAAUUGGACGGUUUGUUGAAGUAUACGGAAGCGAGAGCGGCUGCCAUGGUCGAUUUGGACAACAUCGUUUCCAUGUACAUCCAUGCGAAAGUGUACAACGCCGUACAACUUUUGGAACACUGUCAGGGUUUCCUCCUUCAAAACAUGGUCGCUCUUCUCACUUACGACGAUUCCGUGAAACGUCUCCUCUUCGGCAAGAAAAUCCACAGUCACGACGUUUUGGGCGGUUUGAUGUCGACUUUGCAAACGAGAAUAAAGACGAGAAACAAGAGGCCGAAACCUAUCGUGUAA